CACUACGAAGCGAGGUUAAAAUCGGUACGAGCCAGGAGCGCGGUGCUCUCUGUAACUCUAGGCUUUGCUGCACGGCAGUGGCUUUUCUGACGGAUUCAGUGUGUCGCGAGUUACUUCCGUGUUCUAGAAUUCAGUGUCCGUAAGUUAUUCGUGUUGGAGCCGUGUUCCCUAGUGUUCCUUACUUCUCGCGAGUUAAAGGACGAGGCGGAACGGGAACGUCGAAGAAAUCGUUUUUCUUUUCUCGACUAUCGAAUACUUGGACACGCGUCGCUCUCGUACUCUCUCGCGUGCGUACAUGUAUUUAUUCGAGAUCCACUGGUAAAAAAAAAGAGCAGCCUAGUGACAGUGAUGAGUGUUUCUUCGCUUGUGUUCGUGGCCGUUGUUCGGGGCUUACGUGACUGUGACCGUGACUGCUGUGCCGCCGCCGCCACCGUGAUGUACUUCGCAAGCUCCGCCGCCAAGGAGAUGCUGAGGAUACGGCACGUGGUCUCGCCUAAAUGGUGGCUCUAAGGGGUCCUACAAGUAAGCAUGAGGGAAAGAACACCCUCUGCCGACGACACCCCGAAGAGGGCCCCGCCAGCACCACCCAGAGAAGCUGCCUCGGCGGACGUGGCUGGUAGCAAGACGAGCAGCGAGGCUGUGGAGGUUUUCGGCGCAGCGAAAUUCUCCCCGGCACCGACGGCAUCGUCCGCGGCGACGACAGCAUCGUCCCCGUCGAGCGACGUCAGGAUGGUCGCCUCGACUCACAACCUGGAUGAUCUAGGCAUGAGCCAUACGGCCAGCGCAAACAGCGACCGUCAGCAACAACAGGAAAAACACUGUCACACUUACAGAUCCGCUCAGACGGCCCAAGACAAGAGAAGCAGGCUCAGCAACGUGAUCAAUAAUCUGAGGAAAAAGGUUCCUGACUCCAGAAACGGGGACUCACCGAGGAAAGAAGAAGACGACAGGAACAGCGUUGAAAGGAACCUCGAAACUCUGGAAAAAUAUGUGAUGACGGUGUUGAAUGGAGUGAUCAAGGACGAGGAGGACGAUGACAGAGAGGUAAAUAGAAAGAAGGAGGCUGAGAAGGGCAAGGAGCCGGAGAAACUGCCCGAGGAUCAGGAAGAUGAGGAUUCCAAAGGUCCAGCAGCCAAAUUCGAACCUUCGAAGCCCAACGAAAGCAGAACAGAGGCUGCUGUUUUCCCGUCGGAGCAGCCUGACAAGCCAGAAGCAAAAGAAAGCCCCUUGGAACGCCAGAAAGUGGACAGGAUUGAGAAUUUUCUGAGGAACGAGGAGUCCAAUUUCCAGGAGAAUCUGUCUGAGAGUGUCAGCGAAGAAAAAGAGUCAACCAAAGUGGAAAGAGUGGAAGAGGAGGACAUUCGCAGGAUUAGUAAGGGUUCUUCCAAAGAAACAAAGUCCGAGGAGCAGUCUGCCCAAGAAACAGCAAGAAACGAUGAAGAAGAAAAGAAAGAAAAUCGUUCCUUGGGGACGAUUAUCAUGGAGAGGCUGAGCGAGAACCAGGCUGAGGAUAAGAGCAGCAUUGAUCCUGCCGAGGAAGACUGCGGAGAGUUCGUGUCUGACAACGUGGAGCUCUGGAACGUAUGCAGAGAUCUGCUGAAUGACCUUCUAAAUGGCAUUAAUCAGCUGAUCGAUGAGAACGGCCAGGAGAAAGAACAAACGAGAACGUUGGACAAUUCUGUGGAAGAGUCCAGGGAUUCUAGAACCCAGGACUUCUCCAUGACGAGCUUGCAUUGCAGUUUACCCCUGGACAAAGUGGCUUCUGUGCUGCAGAACUGUCAGACCAGUGAAUUGGUUGUUCCACAGUCGCCUUCGUCGUCCUCGUCUGCUUCUUCGUCGUCUUUCUCGUCUCAGGGCUCGAAAUCUCCUUCUAAACCACCUUCUCCCACUGUCAGGCAUCUCUGUCUCUAUUGUGACAGAAAGUUCAUGUCGAUAUCUCUUAGACAACGACACACGGAGAGGGUUCACCAGCAAGGUGGUGGCAGAAGGUCAGAGAGAAACUCGAGGAAACCGUCACAAAACUGUCAGUAUUGUUCUGACAAGUGUGCAGAGAGUUUGGAGGGCUUGUUCCAGCACAUGGUUAGCAACCAUGGGGACAAGUACCAUGGAUGUUUACAAUGCUCCACUAGAUACCUCACCAGGGAAGCUUUAGCCGGCCACAUGAGCGAGAUUCAUGCUGUCAAUGUGGAAAGGAACCUUCAGAUUCAGGAGAAAAUGAAGGAACCUUCGCCCUGCAAGGAGUUAGGCAACCAAAGCCCCCGCGACGCUUCGAGCCCCAAAGAGAGAAGACCAGAAGACACAGCCCACGAGCAUCGAGCAGAAGCUACGAACACUCUUCUAAAGCCGAUGCAUCCCGUGAAGGACAACUUCAGCAACCCAGGCAGCCCAGAGUUCGACAGUUCCUUCUACAGCAGCGUGAGCUGUAACAUUCGAGAAAACCUACUGCAUCACCUAGACGGCAAGCUCCAGAGCUCCUCGUCGACAGUCACAUCCACCAGUUUAUCCACAAUAGACACCAAACCUCAGCAACAACCUCAACAGUCCUUCUACGAGCACAACGUUAAUCAGAUCCAGUUCCCCAUAGACAUCUCCCUGACUGCUGCGACACCAGUUUAUUCUAAAGAAUACGGUAACGAAGAGUACGAGAAUAACAGCGAAUAUGCCCAGAAACCUGGCAAGAGCAAUAGGUCUCAUCCCAGAAGAGUGUCCUUCGAGAAGUAUAACUUCCCAAGGAAGUACGAUGGGAAGGAGCAGUGGACAUGUUCCAUAAAAGACCUGAGCAAGUUCGAUAUCUCCACUCAACUAUCUCUAAGGAAGAAACAACAGCUUCUGAAAGAACGUCUUAGUUUAAACAGGCUGCGCCAGAUCACUGUUCUUGCUCCCUCAGAGAUAAUUCAGGAUGAACAGAACCUGGAUUCUAGGGGUCUUGAAGAGACCGAUGACGAGCCUUUGGUCGUGGCAAACAGCCCGGAUGUCGAGCAAACAUCUCGCUGCGAGAUCGUCAAGUCUUCGGAGGCGCCCGAUGGCUCUGAGGCGAAGCAACUUCAGGACACGGAGUUCACUGUGGAAUUUGGCAACUUCCUGAGGCUCAGGAGGUGGGACGAGAAUACUUCGAUCGAGGCAGCUAAGAAACAGGAAAUUAUUUACGCCGAGCUAACCGGGGAAUGGUCCAGGCCGAGGGUCUAUAUCUGCGGCGCCUGCGCCUCCAAACAUGUAACUUUGAAAGAAAUGGAGGACCACAAAGUGAUCAUGCACCCAAACGUCUGGUGUUCCCACUUUGAGUUUUCUGGUGACCAAAGGGAACUUUACAAGCACCUAUUUCUACCAGGAAAGGAUGUACCCACGACAAAGGCGAGGACGGCUAUCUUAGUGGAGAAGGUGUGCACCAAAUGUUCCAAGAACUGUACCACUUUACCAGAGUUGCACAGGCAUAUGUUGGAAUGCGGAGGAGACCAGACUUGGUUGUUAGGAUUAUUUGGCAAUGGAAAGAAAAAGUGCAAGUGGAGACCGUUUGGAAGUCGCAGUAGAAGGCGAAGGCAGCGUGGAAUGAAGAGAAACAUUCAAAAUUCCCAGACUCCAAGGGUGAACACUCCUAAGGAGAAGCAACCUACGGGGCCAAGGGUCAGGCCUAGCGACAGGGAGAGCAUACAAAAGAUGUUAGCGAACUUACCCCCCAAAAGGGCCACCAGGAAAGUACUGCAGGACAAUACGGUGCGGACCCAGGGUAGACUACGUACCGUGCAAUCCAGAACGAGACCACGAAUGGUCGGCGACAAUUCCAGCGCCUCUCGAAUGUCCCGGAACAAAGCUGCCCUGAGGAACAAGCUGCUGAAGAACGCGAAGUCGAUUCAACGGAAUCGCUGUCGGAUCGACAACAUCUCUGCCGUGAUCGAGAGCGUGGUGAAGAACUACACUCCUGAUGACAAGAAUCCUGACGAAGGACGAAACGACAGCUCAGAAAAAAACGACUUGGAGAAAGAAACCAAAGAGAAACCGGCCGAAGGAUCGUCUUCUAUCAAAGAGGGUGAUGUGCCAGACGGAAGGAGCAGUAGAACAAAGAUGGUCAGAGGUCCCAAAGUGUUGGGUAAAAGGAGAAACGUGAAAACGAAAGAUGGAGCUGUGAAAAGCUUGGUCCAGGUGAAGAAAACAACUUUGAAGGCUAAAGCUAGAGCAGCUUUGAAGAACCUGUCCGAGACGAAGGCAGAUACAUCUAACGAGAGUACGAAGAUAUUAAAGAGUACCAAAGCUUCUCCUAAGAAUGUGGAGAAGGAGGUAGAUGUGGAUGGAACGGAAGCUAGUCCAGUAAAGAACAAGUUGUCCACUCAAACUACACCCAAGAGGAAGCGGCCGGUGGAUCCUGUAGCCUCUUUGAACGCCUCCAUCAAGGCAAAGUCACAGCUGAGGACCCAGGAUGGAAAAUUUGCCAGGAAUCCUAACAAAGAGUCUCUGUCGCCUCAAAAGUCCCCUGAGAUCAGGUGUCCUAUUUCUGGUCGUUUAAUAACCAAGGUAAGGAGCAGCGAAACUAGUCCAGAGUCGUCGAUCACUAGAUCCAAGUUAAGAGCAGUUUCUAAGUGCAAGAAUGGCGACCAGUUGCCGAAGAGGACAACCAGAUUGUCUUCUGACAGCGACAAGAUGCCCACGUUGGAGCCAGCUGUUCAAGUAUCAUCCAGUUCUGAGGAAUUUUCAGAAACUACCACAAACGACCUACCAAUCCUAUCUCCUGCUACGUCAGCUUCUAGCCAGGAAAAGAUUCUGCGUGGCAAGAGUCAGACUAGCAAAUGUUUGAACCUGGACGACAAGGAAAAUCCUAAGAAAGAGGAGAGUCAAGUUUCAGGAGAGAAAAGUGAUGUUCUGAGCAGUUUACAGGAGGAAGAGAAGGAUCAGAAACAGGGUAAAGGCAGGAGAGCAAAAAAUGAAACGAAGAAUUUGAAUAAAAGCGUGGAGAGCGUGGAUACAAAGACUGAAGCUUCUAAGGAAGGUGCUAAAGGUCUAGUUAAGGAAAAAUUCAAGAGGAAAAGUGCUCCUGCGAAGAUUCCAAGCGUGGAAGAGAAAAAAAAUAUGGCGAAGAAUGCAGAAGAAGUAGGUCUGAAGAAAGAAGCUAGACAGAAAAAGGAAGAAGGAAAGUUGGAGACUAGGAGUAACGCUAAGGCGAAGUUAGAGAAAGUCGUCGACGAUGACAGCCCUAUAAAGAUUCAGAACGUUCCCUUUGAGGUGAAGAAGUUGAUAGGCUCAGACAAUAAAGAAGACCUGCUAACCAAAUUGGUUCUGACAUCCAGGAUUGCCACUUCCAAACGCUGUCUCAGGCAACCAAUGUCUAAAUUUAAAUUCGAUCAGGCAAAGAUCAAGCCUCGGAAGGAUUUAGAACUGGAAAAAGGAAAGCUGGACUCGGGAUCUAUCUCGGAUGCGUCUACGAAGAAAGAGAAAUUCGACGCGAAAAGAAGAAAAUCGCUGAGGAACACGGAUAGGAAGGACAAAGCUGCUUCAAAGGAUGAGAAAGUUUCAGAUGAAUCUAACAAGAUCAAAGAAGCUGUGAACGAGAUGAAAACAGCAGUCAAAAGACGAAGAAGCAGCAGUAUGUCCAGUGAGAUCAAAUCAUUGGUCAAUUCCAGUCAGGCGUCUUUUGAUGGUCAAACCAAGUCAGAAGUUGAGAUGACUGUCCAGGCUGCUGACAAGAGGCAAACUAGAUGGUCGUUGUUGAAUACUAGCGAAGCGGAGGUCCAGAAUGAACAGACAGACUUCAGCUUGAAGAAGAAUACUUUUGGAAGAAGACGAGGUAGAGUUAAAUAUAGCAAUGAGACAUCUGAAAAAAAGAACACCGAUGUGUCCCAAACGAAGAAUGAAGAAACUGGUAAAAAUAAUUCCUUCGAAGUUAAUGACGAAAUCGAUUCAAUGGAUCACAACGAAGCAAAUUUUGAUGAUAAAGGGACCGUUUCAAUUGGAGCAACGAAAGUUGUCAAGGACAGGCAAGAAGAAAGCGAGAAAAUAACUAGAAACGAGAAAGAGCAACCCAAAGGUUCUGACCCUUCAGAGAAUAAAGAAGCAACCAAGGUAACCGAGAACCUAAAUCACUUACAGGUGGAAACGAGCAAUUCUAUGGACAGUGGCAAGGAAAAUUCACUGGAGAAACCUGCACCAGUUCAAAAAUUGAAAGUUGGAAGACCCAGGAAGUCCUGGGGACCCAGAAAAGAAAGAGCAUCCAAAAGAUCUUUAAAUAACGUAAUUGGAAUUCUUACAGAGGGCAUGAACGUCCCUGUCGAGUCUCAGCCAAGUGUCUUGAGCAUGCAGACUACCUUGGAUAGCGUGGAUUCUAGUGCACUUCCCCAGAAUUCCACGCCACAGACUGAUGAUGCCACUAGCAAGACUCAAAAUUUAGAUAAAAGUAUUAAAUCUUCUGAAGACACUGUUUUAGAAGUGACAAAUAGUCCUGAUAAGUUAGCAGAGGAGAUCUCUUGUGUUGAGAAGAUUUCUAAGGAAGAUCUAAAGCAACUUGAAGUUUUAGAAGCAGCUAGUAAGGACCUGAACUUGAACAAAUCCGUAGAAAAGGUUCAGAAGGUUGAAUCUCCCUCUAAAGACACCAAAGAACAAUCACCAGCUAAUGACAUUAUUCUAGAUCUGUCCAGAAGGAAACAGAAAGGAAAGGGAUCGUUCUUAGAGAAAAUAGUUUCAAAAAUAGCUAAAAAAAAGGAUGCUUUAUUAGAAGGUGAAGUUGGUUCUCUAUUGGAUACAGCUGCUGACGAACUUACUAGUAUUUUGGACGAAGUUGGGCCUGGUUUAUCAGAAAACGCAGAGACUUCGAGCGAAGCGAAAGCGAAAACAAAAGCAGAGAAGAUAGGAGACACUAGACAGGAAACUAUCAAAGAAGCGACUAGUAGGAGUUGUCAGGAUAGUUUAGUUCCUAAUAGUUUGACCAAAAGCUUGGAGAAAAAAGACGUUACUGUAGAAAAUGAAGAGAUGGUUUUGAAAGAAAUUUCAAAAGAAUUGCAGUCUAAUGUAGAAAAUUCUGAUGAAAAGAAAAUAAAAAAUGAAUCGAAUAUAAGUUCCAGUAAAGUUACCGGUGAAGAGAUUGAAAUUAAAUUGCCGAGAGAAGAUGAAAAGACCACUUCUUUAAAAGAAAAAGGAGCUUGUACCAAUGAGUCAAAAGUAGAAGAGGAAGCUGUUUCUAUUGAAACGAGCCCUAUUAGAAAUGAAAUUUCAUUGCCUGUUUUGGAGAUUCCAGUAAGUGAUUCUGCAGAUGUGUCUUUGUCAAACAUGGAAGAAGAAAAGAAGAAAUGUGAGGACGUAACUGAAGAAGUCAAAGUGAAAAGGAAAUCUAAGAAACGAUCGGUGGAAGUGAAAUCCCCAAAGAAAAAUAAAAGGAAAUCCUCCGAGCCAGCAGGGAAUUUUGAGGAAAGUUCGAUCUCUGAGGAACUGUAUCUGGCUGACGUGAUAAAGUUAAUCGAAAAAUCAAAGCAAGUGCCUUCUACCAAAGAAAAUGUUCAAAACGACUUGUCUACUGAAGUUGAUGCAGACAAGGUACCAUGUGAGGAGAAAAGUAUAAGUGAAAAACCCGAAGCAAAGGAUAAUAGGAUUGUUAUUGAUGUUAAAACAGCUGAAAACUCUGAAGAAAGUAUUGAGAAGCUCAAGAUAGAUUCUAAGGAAACUUUAGAAGAACAUGCAAUAAAUGAAGAGAAUAAACCAGAAGAUGCCCUUCAAGGUGUAACUGUAACGAAAAAUAAGGAAGAAGUUCAAGUGACUAACGAAGAAAAGAAUUCGAUGAAAAUAACUGGAAAGAGAAAUUCGGUUACAGAGGCUGUGGAUCAAUAUUUAGAAAUUCAAUCUCCAGUUAGAAAGUCCUCCAAGAAGAAAUUGCAACAGGAAGAGAAAAUAAGCCAAAUUUCUGAAGAAGAAACGAUGUUCAGUGUGGAGUCUACUGAAGUGAUAGAAUCUUCUGUGAACGAGAUAGCAUCCGAGGACAGCAGAGGACCCAGAAGGAAAUCUUUCAAGACGAAAUCCAUGAUUCAACCGAGAAACGACGAGAAGACUUCGAAGGAAUCCGAAAGUGAUCCUGUUCUCAGUAUUAGCACCAUUGUCCCGACUGAAAAUCCUGAACUACCUUUGGAAGAACCAUCUGAAAAACGUGAAACUAUAGAAAAUGAAGUUACAACGCAGCAGGUAACGCUAUUGGAUAGCAUAGAACAAUUGAAAGAAGAAAAAGAAGAUUCUAGUUUCAAGAAUACGGAAACUCGAGCGGAAGAUAAAGAAGAAGUCACUCAAAAUCCUCCAGUGAAUGAUCAAAAGGAGUCACAGAAGAUCGAAGAACCUAUAAUUGUCCCCAAAGUGCCAAAGAAGCGUGGAAGAAAGAAGAAAUGUUUGAUAGUCGACCAGACACCGACACAAGGCACCAUUUCUCAAGAAAAUUCUGACUCCAGGAUGCGCAUACAGACCGCAGCGCUUGAAUCCACAUCGACAAAUCAACUUCCUCCUAGAAGAUCCUUGAGGACGAGUAGGUUCAUCGAGGAAAUUGAAGAUCAGAGCAAGAAUUCCAACGAUCUGAUUAGUUUACAAGUUUCUUCGGCAAGUCUGGAACCGUUCAAGGUUCCAGAGGUAACCGAAGUGUUGCAGCACACGAAGAAAAGAACGUAUAAGAGAAAGUCGAUCAUCGAGGAGAAUUUAGACACUCAGAACAAUUGUUCUCAACCAGAACCUGAAACAAGCAACGCAGAGUACCCAGAGGCGAGCAGAAGUUUGGCUGGAAAAGAGGAGCAGCCAGAAAGUUCUUGCCAGAAAAAUUCUUCUGAAGGCAAAAAACGUAGCUUUAGGAGUUCGACUCGCGAACACGUAGACUUAGAAAGGUCUAGUUCUGCUGGUUCCAUAGAUCUAAUUGGCAAAACCGAACAAAUUAGUAAAACGAGAUCUUCAAAGAGAAAACAACUGUCUUCUGAGGAUUUGUCAGGCCAGGAAAGCUUAAAUCAACGAGUUGAGAGCGCAGACAAUUUGUCAGAGACCUCGUGCGUCAGUGAUUUCAGUUAUUUCAGAAAAAAACGUUAUUCUAAGAAGAAGAAGCUUUACGAGUCUCGAGAAGACGUGCAAACAGAUACCUCUGUGACCGACUCAGAAUCUGUCGAUACGGAGAAGAACACCCACAGAAGACAGAGUUUGAAAAGAAGAGCCAAGAAAAACAUAUCCUUCUUUGCUGAGUUCUAUUUGAUGGAUGACUUCGAUAUUCCAAUGGAUAUCGAGGAUUGUAUAUCGCAUCAAGAGACAGCAAAGAACGACGUUAGCCAGGAGUUGCAACCAAAACCGUCGACCGAGCAAGAGAAACUGGUUGAGGAAGUCAUCUCGAACGAAGUUUUUGAUGAAAAGCCAGAAGAGAAUGUUGAAAAACAGGAGGAAGAGGUAGUUGAAGAUUCUAAAACGCCGGUCGACGAGGAAGAAGGCGAGGAAUAUGAAGAAGACGAACUGAAAAACGAAGAUAAGGUGGAUACGAAGCUGGAUGGUCUUUCCCAAGUUCAGGAUGAUUUUCAGACGCCAAAGAAGAGAACAGCAGGCAAUUACGUGGUAGUUCAUAAGAAGACAGGUGAAAUUCUAAUCGUGGAGAAGAGGAAAAAGUUGACGAAGGAGGCUGCCAGAUUUUUCUGCGAUGUUUGUACCACCAGCUUCACCAGGAAGAGCUCUCUAAAGAAACACAACCAGUCUCAGUCUCAUUUACUUCAAAUGGCCAAAUGUAAGAAAGACAGAACAUCUAUGGAGGACGCUGAAAGUAUGGAAGACGUUGGUCAAAAUGAUACUUCUAGUGACGAAAAUAGAGUCGAAUCGGCCGAUGAAGUCAUGAAUGCGUCUUUAGAGCUGAAGGAUGACCAGAAGGACGCUAAUCCUCCCGAAUCCAACAUUACUCAGAACGAUCUAGAACCAGUUCAGACUGAUCCUUGCUAUAACAAUCAACUUGAACAGGAUUCUUUGACGGAUUCUCAGACCACCCAUCAACACAUCCUUGAAGAUGAACUUCUGGAUGAAGAAAUUUGUAAGAUCACUGAAAAUAUGAGCCAUGAUGAGUACGUUCUCACUGAUCAAAUGACUCCUGAGCCAGAAUCCACGUCCACGCCUAUAAAAAUGCAGAUCAAGAAGAUGGAGGACGUUGGAAAGAAGAAGAAACACGAAAAGAAGAAAGAAAAAACUAAAAAGAAAAGCUCGAUCGAUGAACAAAUUAGUUUAGAUAAUUCUGAGUUGGAAAAUUCACCCGAUUCGACGUUGGUAACUGUUCUGGGUGAGAAUGUGUCCAUUAAAAUUGCAAAGUCUUCGCUCUUGAAUAAACCGAAGUCUAAUUUGGAUUAUAAGGAUGUUUCAGAAGGUUUAUCCGAAGAUUCUGCUGUGAGCAAUUCAGAAUCAAAAACCGAUACUCCAAAAAUGAAUGAAAAUGAUUUCAAAGAACAGUGUUCAGAUUAUGGUCCCAGGUUGCAGGAAAACCAGGAUAUAGAUAUGGAAAUAAAAGAUGCUCUGCUGAGGACAGAAGAAAACAAAAUCAUGGAGAAAGAUAGUAUAUACAAAUUAGAUUCCGAGGAAAAGACUGAGGAUCUUUUGAGAGAUAAGUUAAACGAUAAAGAUAACGAAGAAAAUCAUUCACAUGAACGUUUGAGUCUGAAGUUUACCAUAAACAAACGCAGCAUAGAAAUCUGUAAAAAACUUGAUUCUGAGAGCAAUAAGAGCUACGAGUUAGACUAUUCAAGCACAUUUAAUAAGGAAUCUCAAGAUGUUAAUUGCAAUUCUGAGAAAGACUAUGAAAGUGCAUGCAGUAUACAAGUUGAGCCAGUUACAAGUUUUAAUUACUCCAAACCAGAAAUACAGGAAUUUAAUCAACGCUUGAAUUCAAGCUUGUGCAAGAAUCAAAAAGCAGAAAGAAAGAGUUUUGAAGGUAUUGAUGAAUUGGACGCUUGUAAAGUACAAAACCUUGAAGGAGAAAGUAUGAAAAUGAUAUUUGAUAACGAGAGUGAUAAGCAGGGUGAACUGGUCAAAACGCCACGCCAUGGUAAAUCCAAGAAAGGCAGAGCUAAGAAACAUUUUGAGAAAACAGAAAACAGUUCAGAAGAUAAAACCAUUAAAAGUUCUUCCAAAUCUAAAGAUGGUCAGAAUAAAUUAGUGUUCAAUGAUGCGACCAAACUUUCAGAGACCACAGAUGAUCAAAGAUCACUCGAUUAUUCUGAAACAUUGGAUAUUAAUGAAAAGUUAGAGCGUUUAGUACCUGAUUCGCAAUUGGAAGAUAAUUCUGCUAAAAGUGAUGGUAUAGUUAUCUCUGCAACAUUAGAAAAUGAAGAUGAUCAUGAAUCUAAUGAAUUACAAAUUGUUGAGGAGUUAGAAAUCGAUAAAUUUUAUCCUGAGCCAGAAUCUUUGGAAGAAACUGCUUUGAAACAGUUAGUACAGGAACAACAAGUUUCUGAGAAGAGAAUUGAAUCAUUAGAAGACAAAAUCAACUAUUUUCAGUCAAUGGAUGAUGAUGAAGUUUCGUCAUCCUCAAGUCUAGCAGACAAACCUUUGUCUCAAAUUUUAUUUGAAAGAGAAGAAAAAUUGGAGAUAUAUAAAGAGCAAACAAAGGAACGAGAGUCUUCCACGACCUUCCUGAAGGAUUCCGACAACGAGCCAAAACCUGAAGAGAAACAAGAAGUCGAGAAUAGCGACCCUAAAGCUACCAAAUCUGAUAUCGAUGAUAAUUCUUUAGACAUAAAUGAAUUAAUUGACAACCAAAACUCUGACAAGAAUUUGAAUACUAACGACGAACAAGCGGAGCAGCAGAUUGUAUCAGAGGAAGAAUGUGAGCCGGAAGCAUCGAAAACAGCGGAGGAUUCUGACAAGGACUCCAAGAUUUCAUCAGAGUCUGAGAACAGCGAAGCAAUUCCAUCAAUAAUUGGUAGUGGUCGAAAAUCAAACACCAGUGAUCGUCAAAAUCCGAGCAAAAAGGUGUCUAGGAGUCACAAAUACUCUAACAAGGACAACUACAGGAAAUCCAGAGGCAAGAAAUCUUCUAUAAGGAACAAAAUCGCCGAUUUGACUAGUGAAAGCGACGACAGUGAAAAUGAGGACAAAAUUGAAUCACAAAACAAGAGUAAAAUCGUGAAGAGUGUGUUUGGCAGAGUUUUUGGUGGUGAGAAGACAGACAAAGUCAAGGAGGUACUGAACGACUGGGUGUCCAAGUCAGAAGACGACUCAGAUCUCUCCAGAACAGGCUUCAGAUCUUCCAGUUCCAGCGAAGGAAAGACUAAAGACUCUUCAGGCGACAAGAAAAAACACUCGGUUUCAUCCUCUAUACCUUUUAGUCCCAAGAAACGUUCUGGAAAAAGAUCCAAGAAGAGCUCUUCUUCGGACAGAGCCAAGGAGAGAAAUCCAACAUAUGAGAACCAAGGUGAGCAUCGAUCUAGAAAACACACAAAAUCAAAGAACAGCUCCAAUAAUAAGAAAACACAUGAUACAGAAGCUUCGAAUAAUUACUUCUUACUGUUACCAGCAACCAAGUGCAGACUCAGCAAGAAGAGAGCAGAAGAAUUAAUUUCUAGGACCUUCGAGGACGAUUUUACCGACGUCAAUGUUGACAAGAGCCAGAAAGCAUUGAAACACAAGGAGCCAAAUUAUGGACUGAGGAAUCAAGGCAAGCCUGACUUGACGAUCAAGGACAGUGGCUAUGGAUCCUUCAAUUAUGACGAAGAUUCUUCCAAAAUCGUGCCCUUGGAAGAUGCCAUAGAAGACGAUCAGAAAGUGAUCAAGAAGAGAAAGCCGUCAGAUUUUAGAAAAAGUAAAGGUAGAAACGAGGAGGAAGAUUGGAGAGAUCUAAUUGAAGAGAAAACAGUUUCGGAGAAUCCUAAGGAGUCUGGUGACGAGGAGGAUAAUUUCACCAAGGUUCACCUUGAGAGAGACCCCUUCACUAGCCGAAUGUCUGUUGAUCUGGAAUCUUCCCAAAGUUGCAGCAGUCUAGCACCUAGUAGCGUGAGGAACAGAUCUCCAAGUAUGGAUAGGAACUCGCAGACCACUAGAGAUUCUGACAUAGACGGCGAAGAAGACGAGGACAUGGGCCACAGGCGAAUUUCUCCCUUGUUCUGUGGAACACCCAGAAGUUCCAUAGAGACCAGCUCCAACAGUGAAAAUGAAGAGGAAGAGGAAAAUUUGGCUACCAACGAGGCCGCAACUAGGAAAAGAAGCUCCAGCGAGUUCUCUGGUGAGAAAAUCGUCAUUAGAUCGCCCUCUUCGAGCCACAAGAGCGAAGUAGUUACUAUUGCACCCACUGACGCGAUAGAGGACAACGCUCUGGAUGUUCCUCAAGAGAUCGAGACCACGAAGCCUAGACAGGGCAAAGUUCUGAACUUCGACGAGGAGCUAUUUGUCGAGUGUUGCUCCAGGUUGAAAGCCACCACUGAGAAUGAGCUUAGGGGAGCUAAAAAGAUCAAGCUGGAUCACAACGAAGGUUACCAUAGGAAGGAUGAGCAGCAGCAAGGAUUCAGGGGACCCAGGGAUAGGUGGAGAGACGUGGAGAGUCAGAACAGCCUGGGAAGUCUUUUGGAAUCCGUGAACCAGCUACUGGGUGAAGAGAUGUACAGCACCAGAGAAAGGGACUACCCAAAACGGGGUUGCAGAAACUUACGAAGCGAGCAUUCCAGCAGAUCAGCUAGCCCCGACAUGUCCAGAGUUGACAAUCUAGGCUACGAGGACAGUCUGGACGUUGCAUUUGAGCACAACAACAAACUCAGAGACAAGAUCCAGCAACGCAUGAGAGAGUCUGAAAAUCUGAUAGCCAGCACGUUUGGUCAGAAAAACAGUAAUGAGAUUAUACGUGGGGAACAUCCUUCGAAGAACAACGAACAUGACAUGCUGAGGAACUCGUACUCCUCUCUGCAGGAUCAGAGACAUUUGUCUGGUACAAAUUUGUCCAAUGGAGGCUACAAUGAGUCUUUGCAUGUUAGAGGACUACAGGAGGAGCAUGAUGUAAAGAUGAACCUGGAUUCUUCAGAACUCAAAAGCAAAAUGAAUUCUUCUCUGGGUGGCUUAUUGGACAAGGCGUUAUCCAAUUUGCUGCACAACAACGAAAAACAUGAUCACAAUGGAUCCACGCCAAUGAAGGUUCUAGCGGAGCUAGCGUGUGCCAGAGCCCCAACAUCUACAUCUGGGGACACAGCAUCUCAAGAAUCUAUCCAAUCUGCAAAAACUACUCCACUAAACAAAGAUGCACCUCCGGAACCAAAUCCCAUAACCAUGUCCAAAGAUAUUCAGAAGAAGUCCAGAAACCCCAUCAAAGAGCUCUUUGAAAGAAAGAAAGAGAUGAAUGAAAGAAAACAACAAGAAAAGUCAAAAACAGAAGCAGCUCUUAGAGAACUAAAUGUUCACAGACAAAGGAAGACUAAAAAGACCAAGAAGCAUCAGAACUUCCCUCUGAUUCGACGUAAUGAGCAUGGCGGCUUGGCUGAAAGGAAGAAACGCCGUGAUGGCUAUGAAAGAAAAGAUGAGUUCGUGUCAGAUAGAAUUAAAGAUGUGUAUGAGUUCGACGAAGAGGAAAGUCAGAUAGAGCCUAACUUGGGUAGCGUGAUGUCUUACAGGAGUAGGCCAGGCUAUGAAGUGAGCUGCUUGAAAACUAAAGAGGUGGACGUGGCUGGAUUAAUGUCUAAAGCCAUUGGAGAUACUCUAGAGAACGGAAAAACCGGCGAUGCUCUAAGUACCAGACUCGAAUCUAUGAUUGAUAGGAAAUUUAAGGAGUUAGAGAAGUUUGCUCCAAAGACGAAAGGCGCUCUGAAAUCCUUCCAGAGUGAGGAUCAACAGAGACAAGUCACUGGACCCAUGGAUGAGUUCGUAGAAAGGAAGCCAACGAAGGCUAAAAGGCCUAUGGAGCAAUCUUUGAAGCAUUCCAAACUGAAAAAGAGGAACAAGAAUCCUAAAAAGAAGACUAGGAAUGCUUGGUACGAGAAUGACAGCUCUGACGAGUAUAGAACUGCUGUGAAGACUGAAGAUGUUGGUGUAGGUAUUUCGAAGAGUCAAAGAACGUGUUCAAAAGGGAAGCAAAAUAUUUUCGCAGAGUUAUACACCUCCUCAGAGAGUGAGUAUGAAAAUGGAGACGCGGACUACGAGUCCAGAAGGCAAAGGAGAGUGAAGAAGAGCAGCAAGAAGACGACAGAAUUGGAAAACAUGGAACAGAUUCAAAAAUUGGUUAACAAAUACUCGUCUGAUAACGAAGAUCACGUAGACGAUUGGAGAAGCCAGGAUUUAAAGAACGACACUCCCAAACUUGAUUGUGAUAAUAAAAAAUCUGAAUCGGAGAUGUCCGAUCAUCCUCUGAUUAUUGAUGAGAGAAAAGAUCUGGAUGAACCGAGGAAUAGUGACGACGAAAUUGAGAAUCAGUAUGAGAGAAAUUUUGAAAUGGAUGACCUAUAUAGAGAAGACAGUUCUAUUGUUGAAUCAGACGUGGAAGACUCAGCUCCCGUAGAACCACCAAAGAUCGCAGAAGAGUUCAGGGUAAAGAGCCCAAGUUUGCCAGAGGAGAAGACUGAUGCCAAGGCAGAUUACAUGCAAGAGAGUGAGCGCGAACUGAUCCCAUUAGAGGAAGCUUUGGACCUUCUAGAUCAAGCUGACAAUGAGAACUCCCUAAGUGCAAGGUACGGUGAAGCAAUCAGGCCUGCUAAACCUGAGGAGCAUAUCAAUCCAGUGAUGACAACAGAACUUGAGAAUGAAACAUUCAAUCCUAUUGAAGAUUCUGAUCCUCUACCAGUGGCAAAGUCUCCUACUCCUAUAGAAGAACAAGAGGAGGAGCCUGACAAUGAUCUCUUAGCCUUACCAGAAAAGUUGUCAAGUAACGAAAAACCGCAAAAGGAAUCCGAGAAUCUUCCACUGCAUGUGUUCCUGAGCAGAAAGGUGCAGGAGUCGAAGAAAAAGAAGGAGCAACAGUUGAAGAAAAUGCAGGAAGAACAAGAAAGGAUACUAAUGGACUUCCAGCCCACCAGGAGACAGAGAAAGUGCGCUAUCGGAAAACAAGGAUUAUUAGCAGAGAUCAGUAGCUCUGAUGAAGAAAUAAGUCCAAAGGAUAGGAAAAUGAGUGAUAAGUCAGAUCAUGAUAAGCCAAGGAAACAAAAGAGGGAGUCAAAGGAGAAGAGGAAAGAGAGGUACAUAGAGAAGAAGCACGAACAAAUGAUAGCCAAAGAACAAAAAGCCAUAGAGGAGGAGAUCCUGAGAGAGGUUGGAAAGAAGAAAGAGUCCCUUACACAGAAUAUUACAGAUGCAAAAAAUACUAUAGACAUGAAUGGUACAAAGAAAGCAGAGAACACUGAGUUAACAGAGAACAAAAUGCCCCAAGAAGCAGCACAGAAAAAGAAACAUCAAACUAAGGAGAAACAAAAAAGGCAGUCCAAGACAGAUGAAGAUAUGUUUGCCAAGAAUAAUCACGAAGGACUCAGUGAUUUAGAGAACAAUUGCAACAAGACCACACUGAUGGAAACCAAUCAUGAAAUUGAAAAUAAUCAAGAGUCUCCUGUGAAACAAAAGAAAUACUCCAAGUCUCCAACGAAGCCAAAAAAGGCCUCAAAAUCAGACCAGAAGAUCACAGCAGGUAGAAAGAACAAAAACUCUAACACUGAUAGGAAGAAUAGAGCAGAUUCAAAGGGAUCAAAAGAUAAAGAACGUAGAUCCUCUAGUGGUAAGCGAGAUUCUGAUGAUGAGGAAUUAAAGACAACCAAGUCCUGGAAUAAAGUCGAAGAAGGAGUUGGAGUAGCCAUUGGUCGACGAAAAAGGGCAGCUGCCAAUCAACUGUACUAUUGGUCCAGUUCUAGCGAUGAAGAAGAGAUGUUGGAAGUGGUUCCCGCAGUUGAAGAGGAAGAAGAUGAUCGUCAAGAGCAACAUGGUUGGAUUGUCGGUGACUCGCAUAAGAGAAUGAUUACCAUGCUUGCUAUGGAAAAACAGUUAAAGGAGAAACGAAGGAGGAGUGAGGAUGAAUUUGAGCCUGGCAGGACGAAGAGUAAAAAGCACAGAAACAGCACUUCUUGAUACGUGUUUCAUGACUAAGUUCAUAACUAGGAUGAAUUACAAGAGCAACAGUUUUUGACUGACUAGAAACAGGACGAGGAAUACAGAGUUCCUUUUUUCAGAGUCAGCCAGCGUAGUUGGAUAUCUCACAAAAUCUAGGCGAUCAGCAUGUGUUUUAUAAUCAAGUUCAUAUAUACAGCUAUAAGAAGCUUCUGACGAGUAUGGUGACACUUGUAACAUGUGAAAAUGAAGAAGUACACUAAGGAGAGAGAGAAAGGCAGACGAAGAGGCAACUUUUGAUACGCAUUUCAUCACUAUUUUUCCCAAAUGAUUAGGAAUGCUCUGAAGAGAGCACAUCAUUGUUUUUCUAAAGGACUUAGAAGUGGAUUCAGCAGAACUGGAUUUUCUUAAUAACGCAUUGCAGAAUGACAGUCGAAAUGAUUAGAAGAAAGACUUUUCUAACCAGAAAUAGAGUAAUCGGAUCUUUUGAUACUAGUCUUAGGCUCACGAGUGAAUGAAACAGGAUAGGUUUUCAUUAAGGUAGCUAAAGGAAUGUUAGAUAGUAAUGUAAAUCUGAGUCAGCGAAUUUGUCUUUUGUUGAGGAAACAGCAACGAAGAGACAGUUUGUAAUCGGUUUAUGAAGAAUGUAGAAAUGUAUCUUGAGCGAGAGUUUUAGAAUUGAAGUAAUUAGGGGAGAGACUAUAUCUUAUAACCUAGAAGAGUCAGAACUAUAAUUGUUCAUAUUUCCUCCUUGUUCUUUUUCAAGUAUACGAGAUAACGCGAAGAUUUAGUUUCUUUUUUUUCUUUCCUCUUUCUUUUAUUUUCUUAUAGUUGACGCUCUUUAUAGUUUGUAGAACAUAGUGCUGCAAACGUUCAAUAAUCGACGCUUAUUUGUUCCAUCGAGUACGGUGGAUGUAAUGUGACCUACUGCCAGAAGAAAUUCCAAUUUCUUUCGGUCAUAUAUAUUGUUAUAUAAUAACGUGAAUCGAAAUGACGAGUGUGUGUCAAGUUUUUUGAAACAAUGGGAAAUAGGUCACGUGUUGUAAUCAAGGUGUGUAAGAAGAAAAAAGCAAGAUGGCAACCUGUACAUAGCUUGGCAUUAAUAAUAAUAAUAAUGAUAAUAGUAAUAAUAAUAAUAACAACACUAAUAAUAAUAAUAGUAAUAAUAAAAAAGGCUAGCUCGUAUUAUGUUAAGAAUAUAAUAAUUCCACGCCCUUAUAAAUAUUAUAAAUAUAAUCUAAUUUAGACUGAAUGUGAGUAAAUAGCGAACAUUAAAAGAAAUUAAAAAAAAUAAUUAAGAGCACCUUUAGACAAUACUAGGGACGUUUGUAAUGUUUUAGUUAAAGUAGCGGAUAUUUAGGUGAUGAGAAACGAAUUAAAACUGAGAUUAAGAUUAAUCAGGCGAAAAAAAAAAUAUUAGAAGAAAAAUAUGUCACACUUUGAUUUAAUUUACGAGAAAGGACGAUGUAAACUGGGGUCCAAUCGAGUAGCGUGCUUUUGCCGGCUUCUUGUGAUUCGUACAUAUCGCGGUAGUCGAAAAAGGGAAGGUGGAUAAAGAAGAAAUCUGUAAUGUCGGCUGUUUUUUGUCGCCCGGCAUGUUUUUCCAGAAUUGCCCGAAUAGAAAUCCAUUUUCGAAGGAGCUUUAGCGCAGUUUAGUCGUUUAAUAUAUGAAAUCUUUGUUCUCUUUUCUCAUUCGAAAGCGUUCGAAUAUUAACCCCCCCCCUCUAGAUCUCAUAUCGCGGCAUCAACGAUGAUCGAAUGAUGAUCGCUACGUAUUUAAGAGUAAAAGCUUAUAAAUGAUAAAGGAACGGUAGAAAAAGAACUUUCCUUUCAUACGCCUAGUUGAUGCACAUAAUUCUAAGUACGUAGAAUUUCAUAUGAAUAUAUAUAUACAUAUAUAUAUAUAUAUUCGGGACAAAAGAUUAUAUAUAUAUAAAUAUGAACAUAUAAAAAUAUGAGAAGAUAAUUGAAUGUAUAACAGAAACGAUUAAAACAAAAAGCAGAAAAAAAUAAUGACAUAGACUUUAUGUAAAUGUACUGCCAUAAUCAUAUUAUUAUACGAGAGCCUAUGCGAAUAGAUAUAUUAUUAUUAUUCCUAUAAAGACGAACAACCGGAGAAACAACAGCGACAUGAUGGCUAGCACAAAACAAAACUAGACAAACAAUCCGACUGUAAAUAGAGCAUAUUUUCAAUGUGUCUGGAAAAGUAUGUUUUGUAAUAUAAGGAUUGCAAAGGAAAAAUAAAAUUAUUAAAGAAUCA